AUGAGCGAGCGUGUUGCCCCAAGCGCCAAGCGGAGCGUCGUUAUGCAGGAUAUUUUUGUGCGUAUUCUGAUAACCCAUUCACUGAAAUAUUCGCAUGAUAAAAAGCGAACACCUACACGUAGCAAGAGCGAGCACUUACACGUGAUGCCUGCCCUUGUGGUACACAUGGCCGAUAACGCAGCUCAGCUCUUAGAGGAAGUUACCAUCUUCACGAAUGGUUCUGAAGAGGUGGUGGAACAAAUCCAAGCAAUGUGUCCGGAAACACCGUCCGGGGUGGAUAGGUGUCCCAUUUAUAGCUUAGUGAACGUCAAGCGAGGUGUCAAGGUCGCUUUCACCAACGGAAACACGAAGGAAUUCCGCUUCCUGGUCCACAAUCCUUUGACGUAUUCUCAAGGACCAUUUGCAACCCAGCUUGGCUUGGCUUUGUCGUAG